CUGACCGCGGAUGAGUAUCGGCGGCUGGUCGAGAUUCUCGGCCGCGAGCCGGCGAUCACCGAGCUGGGAAUCUUCUCGGUGAUGUGGUCCGAGCACUGCAGCUACAAGAGCUCGCGCCGGCACUUGCGCCGCUUCCCGACGGACGGUCCGCGGGUUCUGCAGGGGCCGGGCGAGAACGCGGGCGCGGUCGACAUCGGCGACGGCCUGGCCGCGGUGUUCAAGAUCGAGUCGCACAACCAUCCCUCGUUCAUCGAGCCCUAUCAGGGCGCCGCGACCGGCGUCGGCGGCAUCAUUCGCGACAUCUUCACGAUGGGGGCGCGGCCCAUCGCCCUGCUCGACUCGUUGCGGUUCGGCGCGCUGGAGGACGAGCACGGCCGGCCCGCCGCGGAUACCGUCCGCCUCGUCGACGGCGUGGUUGCGGGCAUCGCCGGGUACGGCAACAGCAUCGGCAUUCCGACGGUGGGCGGGGAGGUCGCGUUCGAACCGGGAUACGCCGGCAACCCGUUGGUCAACGUGUUCUGUCUGGGGGUGGCGAAGACCGACCGGCUCGCCAAGGGGGUGGCCUCGGGUGCCGGCAACCCCGUCUACUACGUGGGGGCGAGGACCGGGCGCGACGGCAUCCACGGCGCCACGAUGGCCUCGGCCGAGUUCGACGACCGGUCCGCCGACAACCGGCCCGCGGUGCAGGUGGGCGAUCCGUUCAUGGAGAAGCUGCUGCUCGAAGCCUGUCUCGAAGUCAUACGGACCGACGCGCUGGUGGGCAUUCAGGACAUGGGCGCGGCGGGGCUCACCUCCUCGACCUGCGAGAUGGCGGCCCGGGGCGGGACCGGCAUCGAUAUCGACGUCUCGCGGGUGCCGCAGCGCGAGACCGGCAUGACGCCCUACGAGAUCAUGCUGUCGGAGUCGCAGGAGCGGAUGCUGCUCGUGGUCCGGCAGGGACGCGAACCGGAGGUGGAGCAGGUCUUCGACAAGUGGGACCUGCACGCCGUGCGCAUCGGCGAGGUCACCGGCGACGGCCUGCUGCGCGUGCGCGACCGCGGUCGGGUGGUGGCCGAGAUUCCGACGCGGGAGCUGGCCGACGGUGCGCCGGUGUACGACCGUCCGACCCGGUACCCCGCCUAUCUCGACCAGGCGCAGCGGCUCGACGAGCCCGCGUUGCCGGUUCCCGCCGACCUGGCCCGGACCUGGCUGGAUCUGCUGGCGGCGCCGGCGAUUGCGAGCAAGCGCUGGGUCUAUCGGCAGUACGACCACAUGGUGCGCACCAAUACCGUGGCGCUGCCGGGCCUCGGCGCCGCGGUCGUGCGCAUCAAGGGGACCGGCCGCGCCCUCGCCCGUGGCGGCCGGCUCGCGGUGGCGGAGGCGGCGCGCAACGUGGCCUGCGCCGGGGCGGCGCCGAUCGGGGCGACCAACUGCCUGAACUUCGGCAACCCGGAACGCCCCGACAUCAUGUGGCAGUUCGCCCAGGCGGUGGACGGCAUCGCCGAGGGGUGCCGCGCCCUCGGCAUCCCGAUCACCGGCGGCAACGUCAGCCUGUACAACGAGACGGACGGUCAGGCGAUCUAUCCCACGCCGGUGCUGGGGGUGGUGGGCCUCCUCGAGGACGCCGCGCGGGUGCUGACCCGCAUCUUCCCGGCCGCGGGGCUCGACGUCGUCCUGCUCGGAGAUCCGGCGGGAGGGCUCGGCGGCAGCGAGUACCUGAAGCGGGUGCACGGGCUGGUGCGGGGACGCCCCGCUCCCGUCGAUUUCGACCGCGAGGCGGCGCUGCAGCGUCUUGUGGUGGAUGCGUCCCUCCGCGGGAUGUUAUGUUCGGCCCACGACUGUGCGGAGGGUGGACUCGCGGUGGCCCUGGCCGAAUGCAGCAUCGAGAGCGGCGGGGUCGGCGCACGUGUCGACCUGCCGGUUCCGGCCGGCUCGAACGAUCGAUUCGAUGUCGUGCGGACCCUGUUCGGAGAAUCGCCGUCCCGGAUCAUCGUCUCGGUGACGCGGGCCGGACAGGCCGAACUGCUCGCCCGCGCACGCGAGCUCGGCGUACCGGCGGCGGUGAUCGGCCGGACCGGGGGCGAUCGGGUGACCGUCUCGGUGUCCGGGGGCGUGGUCGCCGAGGUGGCGAUCGAGGCCGCCGAGCACGCCUGGGCCACCGGGAUGGCCCGUCAUUUCGAACCGGCAGCAGUGUAG